GCGCAGCGGCGGAGUCAUGGGGAAGCUCCAGGAAUUUGACAUCACGUUCAGCGGCAACAAGGUGGUGUACGGCCCCGGGGAGUCCAUCGGCGGCACCGUGAAGAUACGGACCAGCAACCCGCUGCAGUACAAAGCCAUCAAGGUGAACUGUCAGGGCUCAUGUGGGAUCUCCAACAAAAUGAACGACGCCUCUUGGAGCCUGGAGGAGCAGUACUUCAACAGCACAUUGUCUGUUGCUGACAAAGGGAUUCUGGCGGCAGGCGAACACAGUUUCCCGUUCCAGUUUCUUAUUCCAGUCGCUGCCCCGACUUCCUUCGAGGGUCCAUUUGGGAAGAUUAAUUACCGCGUGCGGGCCGCCAUCGACACCCCCCGCUUCUCUAAGGACUACAAAGCCCAGAGACUCUUCUACCUGCUCAACCUGCUGAACCUCAAUGAGGUGCCGGACAUUGAACAUUUGAGCUACGCUGUGACCACGAAGAAAUUCAGCUACCUGCUGGUGAAGACGGGGACCCUGAUGCUGAAAGCGCACAGCGACCUGAGGGGCUACAUCCCCGGGCAGGUCAUCAAGUUAGCAACUGAAAUCCACAACAAGUCUGGGAAGGACACGGGAUGUGUACUGGCCAGUCUCAUACAGAAAGUGACCUAUAAGACCAAACGGCCUUUGUUUGACCUGCGGACCAUCGCAGAGGUCGAGGGAGCCGGAGUGAAGGCAGGAAAACACGCAGAGUGGAGGGAGCAGAUCAUCGUCCCUCCUCUUCCUCAGUCGGUGCUCGCAGGCUGCAGCCUCAUAGACAUCGAGUAUUUCAUACAGGUGUCGCUUAAGUCUCCGGACGCAGUCGUCACUCUCCCCAUCUACAUCGGCAACAUCGCUGUGAACUUAUCUCCAUCGAGGACCAUUCCCUCCACUCCAGACCGCUGCGGCGGCGCCAUCGCACCCGGCGCAGCAGGGGUCACACCCAGUGCCCCACCGGCGGAGCCAUAUGAGGGGUCGUGUGCCGCGGGCAUGGCCAGCGAGGAGAUCCCGACCAAGAGUCACUCUCAGCAGGAUCCCUUCGGUCAGCCGGUCACCAUGUCGCCCAGCGCAUUCGGCCACGCACCAGGUGCAGCGCUGCCUCCCGGCCACAGGCAACCCGACAUGUCGGCUCCAAUGUUCUGCGUGUCCACCGGGGCCACCAUACCUUUCUUCACCGAGGGAGACGUGACUCCUGUACCCACUUCCUGUUCGCUCAUUCUCCCUCCAGAGUACAGCAGCUGGGACUACCCUCAUGAGCCUCCACCCAGUUACGAGGAAAGCUGCAGCAGCGCCAACUCCAGCAUCAACAGCCGCCAGUAGGAGAAGCAGGCGACGAAGCCUCGUGACCACACCCACCCCCAUCUGUCUGCACUCGCCUGUCGACCAAUCAGAACAAUCAGACACUCUGGGUGAAAGAGGAUGGACGGUAUACCCCCCAUCCCCUUCUCCAACACCCCAAAGAUUUUUUUUAUCCUUCUUUUUCCUCUAAUAAUUAAAAAAGGGAUCAUAUCUUGUAUUGAAUAUAAGAAUUUUAAUUUCCCCUCAUGUCCCUGCAGGUCGAGUCAGGUGACUUAUCACUGUGCCUAAAAGACAGAUUUUGGAUUGUCGCGCAGCAUCUCGAGGAUUCAGUGGUUGGACAUGUUUUCUCCUCCUUUUUAUUUGGUCGUCAGUGAAUCGUUGCAUCUGUGAUGCCUUGAAAAUGAUUGGGGCCUUUGACAAGACCCGACGUUGGCCUUUUUUCUGUUUGUGCUGUCGUUCUAGUUGUGCACUUGUUACUGUCGCCCACUGAUCGUCCAUGUGUGUGUCCUCAUCGCGAGCGAGGCAGAGGUGUCUUCAUGCUGGAUGUCAAGAGGAGAGCUCACAGCCACAGCUCCUGGUCUGUGUGUAAAACCAAUCAGAUCUCCCAUGUGUUGGACCUUUCAUCUUUUCAUCUUUUCAUCUAUCAAAUCCUGCUCACAGGGAAAUAAUGUCUUAGGUAAAACCUCUCAGUUGUGUAACUUUACACACGGGUAGCAGUAAAAAUAUUCAAAAUACAUACGUCUAUUUGAUCGCUUUAUUGACAUGAAUGAAUAAAUUAUUAAAUAUAUAUGUUGAGAACAUGUAAAAUUCAACAAAGGAGAACACAUUCACUGAUUGACUCUGGUAUUGGAAGUAAUACAUAACAUAAAUAGAUAUAUCUUAUUAUUUGUAUUAUUGGGAUGAUAAAUGUGCUGCCACCCUGUGUCGACUCAUAACUGAGAGGUUUUGCUUUGAGAGCAGUUUUGUAUUCUGGGGACAGUUUGUCUGCAGAUGAGGCUCAUUUCCCUGCAGCAGGACUCGGGACUGCAGCGCCGAUGCAGUCUUCCUCUGCCCUCGUGUGGCCACAGCUGGUAAACGCUUUCCUCUCGACUUGGUCCAGAUGCAGUGAUGAGCCGUGCAAACUGAAAUACCUGAGUCUUCAACGCACCAUCUGAUGUCGGUUGUAUAAAUGUACAUUUUUGUUUCUUGCAACUGUCUGUUGAGCAGAGCUGGCAAAUACAGAAUAUUUAGUUUUUAGAAGUGAUGCAGGUGUUCUGCAUCAUUGUUUCAGUCCUGUGAGGCCACAGAUUGUUGUUUCUCUCCUCUGUGUUGCCUUGACUUUCUUUCAGUGCAACAUCAAUGAGAAGAGAAUCCUCUGAGAUGAACAUCGGUGCAGAUGAUAAACGUACAUGUGCACGACGCUGCACUUUUUGUCGCUCCGAAUGUGUGGAUUUCUGUGAAUGUGCACUUCUACUGUAUAUGUGUGUGUGUCUGUGUGUUUUUACUCAAACUCAAAACAGUAAAACAGUUUUUACUCAAACUCAACAGUCAGAAAUAGAUUCCUUAGUUUCUGUGUUACAUUUACUGGUAAAGUAAUUUCUUUCUUUCUUUACCUGCAUGAUUUCAGUUUUACAGCAACACUAUGUAACAGCGCCCCCUGCAGCCACACAUAGUGAUUGACUCUAUGCCUGAGUGUGUAGUCCCACUGAAGUGAAACACAUCUGAACUGUUGAUAUUACCCAUGAUCCCCGGCUUCCAGAACCAGAAUUGUUGCCGCUGUAACAAAUCCAACAAACUCUUCAUAUUUAAACGUUUCCUGCUGAUUUAUUGGAGAUAAACUCUGGUUUAAAGGUUAAAAAGUUGCAUAGUGUUGCUUUAAUUCUCUGAGUAAAAAUGUCAUUUUAUGAUUUUUAUGGUGUCACCAUUGUCCAAGUUUAUUCAUCAAGAAAACUUUUUGUUUUGCACAUAUACAAUGAUUGGUCACAUGUAAUAAAUAACAGCUCAUUACUUGUGUUUUAUAUCUGAUUUUACAUACAUUUGUCUAAUUUUGUCUUAUAUUCAUGACAGAAAAUAUCCUUAUUCUUUAUCAGGCCAAGCCCAACACACACUCGUUUCCUGUGGGAAACUAAUGCCACUGAAAACCGUAAGCACAAUUUAGACUGAAUGUUUGUGUGUCAGUUAGUGUGUUUGUCUUAUUCCACUACACAUCAGUACGAUCUCAAGUUAAUAUGCUCUGCUGUUUUUUUUCUCUCUCUUGACUCAAGAUCAUGUUGCCACGUGUUCUUAAUGUGAAAUCUCCACAAAUUUGAUUUUUCUAAUACUGUUCUGGCUCGACAUUAUUCUGAAUGCAUGCCUUAAACACUGUGGACGUUCAUCGCCCCCUACAGGAGCCUGUGAUGCUCUCUCCUGUUGCAGGGCCUCUCCCUGUGGAUGUGCUAAGUGCACUUGAUGUAAACAAAUGUAGCUUUUAAACACGGUGAGGAAACACUGGACCUUCAACUGGCUGAACGUUUCACUUUUACUAGUAUUAUUAUUAUUGUUGUUUUAGAAAAUGUGCAAUUCCUCUCAUCUCCAAGAACGCUUCAGCAACCGCCUGGUUCCCUGAAGUUUAAUUUCACGUUGCCUUUUUUUUUUGUGGGGAAAUCACUUCUAAUUCUGUAGAUUUCAUCUCCACCAGAAGGUUGAAAAGCUUUACAGUGUGAAGCCCCAUUUGUUCAGUCGUUUGUUUUUCACUCUCUCUCUCUCUCUCUCUCUCCUCGUCACACAUAUUGAUGAGUGGUGUCUGUUUUUUGUAUUUUUCUACUUGUAAACUGUUUACAGGUGCAGUAUGCAGAUGAUAUAAUGUCAGCGCCUCGAUCAGUAAAUGUAAUAUUUCAACUUACAGUGCAGAAUCAAAGUUGUACUGUACAGAAUAACAAUAAAAAACAAUGAUAACAUG